AGAACAACUGUGGUGUGUAACUAGAUUGUUUAACAUUGAUAUUCGCACAGAAAAAGAUAAAAGAACUUUUCACCAACUUACCCAACUUAAGUAUGUAAAGACCGACUAAAAUUGAAUCCGCACAGACAGAAGACGAUAAAAGAACUUUUCACCAACUUACCCAACUUAAGUAUGUAAAGACCGACUAAUAUUGAAUCCGCUCAGACAGAAUACGGUAUGGUCCGACGUCUGAUACCUAUCAUUUUGAUAUCAAUUCUUCAUACAGCAGCAGUGUGGAGCAGUAAUUUUCCUUGUUUGACAUGGGAAAUUUAUCAAGACAGAUUGAAGUUAAUCUGUAGAACAAAAUAUUUUUCAAAACCUGUUGCAUUGAUCGAUAGUCAUGGAAAAUUGUUUGCGAACUGCUCAUUUACAGCAAAUGCUCAUUAUUGUACUCCUGUUGAAAGAAACGCGUUGAUUGAGGUAGACUUUUCAAGAAAAUAUAUUGCCUUUACAAUACCAAAAUUAGAUGACAAUGUGAAUGGCAUUUGGACUUGUUUACAAGAUGAAAAGAGAUUUACAACACAAGUGUCGUUAUCAAAAGGUAUUAUUGGUUCCACAGAAAUUCAUAUUACUGGCACAUUGCUUGAUACUACAGGACACGAUGCAAAACAUGCCUUAAACUGUUUUUCGUGUCGCGAACCAGAUGGCGAUAAUGUAGAAAUUCUUGUGAAUGGUCGAACUGAGGAUAGUAUCACAUAUAAUCAUGAUACAGGCAAAUGUAUUCAUCGCAGAGGAAAAUGUCAUCCUGAUGAAUGCAAUUGCACUUCAAAUGAGUUUAAGUUUGUAAUCGAAUACGAACUAGAAAGUAAUGAUACCGUAUAUACGUGUGAUAUGUUGUUCACUGAUUCACUCAACAAAGCAAAAUUUUCCAUGUUUUCUUCUGUAGUUUUCAAUGGAGAAGGAUUUUCCGACGAAACCACAACUGUCUCCAUAAUCAAAGCUGGUGAUAAGAUAUGGAAUGAUAUAAUCACAGUUGUAGUCAAGGAAAUUUCUACAGAGUUUGUCCCAACACGCACAACGCAAAUGAAGGUUAUAUCGGAUAACAAUCCGGUGGAGAAUAAAGGUGGACUUCAUAUUUUUUAUCUGUCCUUAACAGUAUUCGCAUGUGUAGUGGGGACUCUUUUUGCGGUGUGUUGUGUUCGCUUUUAUUUGAAAAGUAAAAGAUCGACACAGGGAAUAACAGUAAUCGAAGAACGUACAGAAUGCGUGCCCCUAACAGGUAGGUUUAUAUGA